GUUCCUCUCAAUUUGCCCUUAUGAGACCCUCGCGGUCCGACUUCUUCACGGCCACAAGAUCAAGCAAAUGUGCGGAAGGGCUUUUCGCAGGGGUGUCUAAUGGCUUACAGCUCAGGGUUGUCCAUGUGAGACGUGAAUCUGAGAAGAGAAGGACAGACACUUAAAGAGAGAGAAGAGUUUCCCACAGAGCAUGGCCUCUGCCAAAGAAGAUGGCAUGGAUGAAAGAGCGGUGGACAUUAAAGAAGAGGACUGUGAGCGGCUCACACCAGAGGAUAUGUGUGUGAAGCUGGAGGAUCACAACAAAAGAAUUUCAGUUUUUAAGGAGGAGGAAUGCAAGGAGGUGACUGCUGCCAUUAAACCUGAGGAUCCGAAUGAUUUCUCCAUUGACCUUGAUAUUCAAAAGCAUGAAACUGAGAAUAUUUUCAAGAAAGAUGCCUGUGAAGAAUCUCCAUCCAGUUUACAGUCCUGGUUCACUAAUACGGGACGACUAGCUACACAGCAGAAUUAUGUAGAGCUGAAAUCAGAGUUAUCAGAGUCUGAAGAGAACAUCACCGAGGGAAAUGGGAGAGAAGGAGAAGAGUCACCUGGGAGUGUUGGAAUAAAAUUGCAGAAGAAUGGCAGCUUCUCUCCACCCUCAUUUGGUCAGCCCACUCUUCAAUACAAAAAGAAAGGUAUGAAGAUUCACACAGGAAAAAAAUCAUAUUGUUUUCAUGAAUGUGGCAAGCAUUUCUCAAACAUUCAGACUUUUAACAAACACAAAAAAAAUCACUAUGUAGAGCAGAAACCCCAUUGCUGUAAAGAAUGUGGUAAACGAUUCUCAAUGAGAUGCCGUCUUGAGAACCACAGAAUAAUCCACACUGGAGAAAAACCUCAUUGCUGUCCAGAAUGUGGUAAGUUGUUCUCAUGUAAACCCUAUCUUCAGAGGCACAGAAGAAUCCACACAGGAGAAAAACCUCAUUGCUGUUCAGAAUGUGGUAAGUCAUUCUCACAAAUAAGCUAUCUUCAGAAUCACAGAAGAAUCCACACAGGAGAAAAACCUCAUUGCUGUCCAGAAUGUGGUAAGUCGUUCUCACAAAUAAGCCAUCUUCAGAGUCACAGAAGAAUCCACACAGGAGAAAAACCUCAUUGCUGUUCAGAGUGUGGUAAGUCGUUCUCACAAAUAAGCUAUCUUCAGAGUCACAGAAGAAUCCACACAGGAGAAAAACCUCAUUGCUGUUCAGAGUGUGGUAAGUCGUUCUCAAGGAAAAGCCAUCUUCAGACUCACUUUAGCAUCCACAUUGGAGAAAAACCUCAUUGCUGUCCAGAAUGUGGUAAGUCGUUCUCCAGUAGUAGUCAUCUUCAGAGGCACAGAAGAAUCCACACAGGAGAAAAACCUUAUUGUUGUCCAGAAUGUGGCAAACAAUAUUCUAACAAACUCAGUUUUCAAAGGCACACAGAAAUUCAUGCUGGAAAGAAUCCAUAUUGAUGUUCUCAAUGUGGAAAAAGGUUUUUCAAAAAUAGCUGUUUUCGAGUACACACACAAACUUACAUGGAAGAGAAAAUGCAGUAUGUAUGUUUUAAAUGUGGCAAAUGUUGUGCAAGCCAGAAAUGUCUUAUAGACAGGCCAAAAUCCAUACCGGAAUAAAAUCUUUUUCCUGAUCAGAAUGAGUAAACGAUUCUUAGAUUUAUACACAUUUCAGUGCCACAUCAGAACUCAUACUGCAGAGAAGCCUUAUUGUUGUCCUGAAUGUGAUACGCAGUUUUCACAGCAAAGUACCCUACUGAGUCAAAUGAGACUUCACACCGGAGAGAAACCUCACCAUUGCUUGGAAUGUGGCAAACAAUUCUCACACCUUAAUUCUCUUUAUAAUCAUAGGAGAAGUCAUACCGGAGAGAAGCUUUACAGUUGUAAUGAAUAUGGAAUGUGAUUUUCAUAUAACAGUUGUCUUCACAAACAUAAAAUAAUUCAUUCUGGAAAAGAAAGAAAGCUGUUCUGACUGUGGCAAGCUUUCCUCAGACAGCACGACUCUUAAAGAUCACAUGAGAAUUCACUCUGGAGGGAAAACCCUAAUACUGACCAGAAUGUGGCAAACGAUUCUCACGUCCAAGCACACUUAGGUGCCACAGAAGGAUCCACAUUGGAGAGAAGCAGUACACCUGUUCAAAAUGUGUUCUAAAUGUACUCUUCCAGAAGAAGUUUUCAGAGACACACACAAAGUCAUAUUGGAAUAAAGCUUGUCCCAAAAAUGACCAAUGAUGUUUCUAUUGGUUCCUCAACCAUAAAAAAUGAAUAAUUAACUUCUGAAUGAGGUAAAGGACUCCAGGUUAAAGUAGCUAAUAUGUACAUAAGAAUAGUGGAGAAAACACUGAAAGUGGCAAACAGAUCGUAGAUAUAAGGUAAACUCAGAGCCACAUAUGAAUUCUAUGGAUGAAUAAUUUUACAGUGACUUAGCAUUUAUCUUAAAGAAAUAGCAUAGAGUUAAUAAAUGUGGGAAACCAAAUAAAGGUCAA